CAUUGAUUUACCUGAUAAUAAUAUUUGUUUAUUUAUGAACUAUUUACACAUCUCUAUAAAUGUUAUUGUAAUGGCUGCUAUUUAUACGAAGUAUUCAUUACCUAACAAUACUUUAUCGUUUAUAACAAAAGCAUACAAAAAUACUAUUUUUUUUGGACCUAACCAUAUAGUAAGAAAUAUUUUCAAUCAAAAGACAAAUAAUGAGGCCUUUGAUAUUAUUGUUGUUGGAGGUGGUAUGGUUGGAACAACAUUAGCAUGUGCUUUAGCAAAUAAUAAAUGUUUACAGUCAAAAAAGAUUCUUUUACUCGAAGCUGGUAAUAAGCAAAAAUAUGUUUCAAAUGAUCAGUAUUCAAAUAGAGUAGUUGCUUUAAAUAAAUAUUCAAAGUUACUAUUAUCAAAUAUUGGGGCAUGGAAACAUAUACAAUCUCAUAGGUUCACUCCAAUUGUUAAAAUGCAGAUAUGGGAUGCUUAUUCAGAUGCAAUGUUAACAUUUAAUGAUGAUUACUUAUCACAAGCGUUGGCGUAUAUUGUUGAAAAUGAUUUACUAUUGCAUGCAGUUCAUACUCAGUUAUCAAAAAAAAAGUCAGUAACAAUAAUUAAUAAUGCAAAAGUUGAGCAUAUUAAUUUAUCAAAUAACAUUGGAAUUGACUCAAAUAUUCUUCUAAAAAGUGGGGAGAAUUUUAAAGCUAAAUUAUUGAUUGGUGCAGAUGGACAAAUGUCAAAGGUUCGAGAUGCAAUGGGUGUGAAAUAUGUUGAUUGGGAUUACGAUCAAAUGGGUAUCGUUGCUACUGUCAAAUUAUGCGAAACGAUUGAAAAUGUAGCAUGGCAAAGAUUUCUACCGAAUGGUACUAUCGCGUUGUUACCGUUGACCAAUUCAUUAUGCUCCCUAGUAUGGUGCAUUACUACAGAAGAGGCUAAAAGAUUAUUGCAAAUUUCCGAAGAAGAAUUUAUUGAUAAUCUUAAUGAUGCUUUUUUGAAAGUAUAUCCAAAAGAUGAGUUAGUUAAAUGUGGAAUGCAAGCUUUUAAAAAAUUGUUUGAGAAUUUUCAAUUACCAUCUGCAGUUUCAAGACAAUUACAACCUUCAAUUGCUGGUAUUGUUGACGGAUCGCGAGCUGCAUUUCCAUUAGGUUUUGGACAUGCUUUGCAUUACGUACAACCCGGUGUUGCUUUAGUAGGGGAUGCAGCUCACAGAGUUAAUCCUUUAGCUGGUCAAGGAGUUAAUUUGGGAUUUGGAGAUGUUACAGUUUUAGUUGAAGUUCUUGCAAAGGCUGUUAAUAAUGGAGCAUUAAUAGGAGAUACUACUUAUUUGCAUAAUUAUGAAAGUAUAAGACUAAAGUAUAAUAUUCCAACAAUGUUAACUAUUGAUGCCCUACACAGAUUAUAUAAAACAACUGCUAGUCCUAUUAUUCUUGCAAGAAGCUUAGGUUUACAGUUGACAAAUAUUGUGAAACCUUUGAAAAAUUUCUUAAUAAAACAUGCAGCAGGUACAGAAAAUAUUUAAAAGUGAAGAAAAUGUAUUUUAAAUAAUAUGCUGCAAACAUUUGUAUAUAGCAUGGAAUUUUAAC